GGAUGCUAUACCAGGAAAACGUAUAAAAAAUAUUUUAUUUGCGGUAUACAAUAUUCUCCGUAAAUUUCAUAUUCUAUAACGCGGAGGUAAAUUGCACGUUUGCAACUCUGCAAGAUGGCCGCCUCAGGUGGUGGCAAAAAAGGCAAGAAAAAGAAAGGCAUAACAUUAAAUAUAAAUGAUUUUUUAAAGUCUGAGGAUCCUAACAAAUCUUUUAUACCCCCGAGAAAAAAUUGGGCUGAUCAGGAUGAUGAUUCUGAUGCAGUUGUGUUGGCAGAAGAGUAUGGUGGACCACCUCGAUCUGCUAAACCAGUAGUUGAUAUAUCUAAAUUACCAAGUGCUCCACGUUCAUCUCUUGGUGUGGAAAUAGAUAUGUCAAGGUUACCUAGCAAACCUCCAUAUACAGCUUUUCUUGGUAAUCUUCCAUUUGAUGUAACAGAGAAUGAUAUAAAAGAUUUAUUUAGAGGUUUGAAGGUAGAGAAUAUUCGUUUUCCUUUGGACAAUGGCAGAAUGAAAGGCUUUGGUUAUGCUGAGUUUAAUGAUAUUGAUCAAUUAAAGCAAGCACUUGCGUUGACAAAUGAGAAAAUUCGUACUCGCCAAAUAAGGAUAGACAUAGCAGAUGCUGCUGGUAGAGACAGUAUGGGAAAAGGUAGUUACCAAAUAGAUGACAAGACAGGAGGUGACUGGAGAAGGGAGUUAGCUUCAACAAAUGGUCUAUCCAUGAAUGGAGAUAAAAGAGAUGUUAGAGGCAAUGAUUUUGCUCGUAGAGAAGGUGGCUUUAGACAUCAAGAUGCAAGUGGUCCUGCCGAUCUUGAUGAUAAAUGGAGGAAAGAUGAACCUCCUCCUCCUAUACCUCAUAGCAGUAGAGACAGGCCAAGUGGUGGAUUUAGGGAAAAUCGCAGUCAAGAUCCUUGGAGAGCACCUCGAGAUGACUCAGGUUCAAGUGGAAAUAAAAAUGACUAUGAUUUCAGAGGUCCACCUCGUGAAUAUGGUGCUCCUCGGGAUGGUCGAGGCAGUGGGUACCGAGAUAGCCGUGAAAGUUUUAAGAAUGAUGGAAGAGGAGGAGCUGUGUGGAGAAAUAAAGAUACAAAAGAUGAAUAUCCGCCAUCCGAAGAUGCGCCAAAAGAACGACCAAAAUUAGUUCUUCAACCAAAAUCUGUCACUGAAUCAACAAUUAAUGAGUCCUCAAAGAAAACCUCAAUAUUUGGUGAAGCUCGUCCUGUUGAUACCGCUGCUAAAGAAAAGCUUAUUGAAGAAAAGCUUAGUCAAAUGCAAACUUCUGAUAGAAAGCGAGACGAAAAAGUCCCUCAAAGGUCUCGUAGUCCAGACGGUGUUAGAAGUCCAAGGCGAACUUCCCCGAGAAGAUCUUCACCUAGAAGAGCCUCGCCUAGAAGAACCUCGCCUAGGAGAGCUUCACCGCGACGAAUAUCUCCAAGACCGUUUUCGCCAAAACGAGACGUCGAUCAUAGAGCCAAUUAUAAAGAUCGUGAAGAAGGGAAAAAGGAAGAAAUUGGAGAAGCAGACUCUGCGAAUGAUUGGAGGGAUGAGUCUUUGCGUCCAAAAGCACGAGUAAUGAAGCCUGCUAAAGAAAAUGAUGGGUUGCGUGAUAAAAAGGGACCUCGCUUGAACAAUUCUAUUGAAAAAAAAAAAACGAAUGAUACUCCGGUUCUUUUAAAAUACGAAGAACCUGCCAAACCUGUUUUUGGACAAACAAGUAAAUUUGCGGCGUUAGAUGUUGAAGAAAACGACAACAGCGAUAAUGAAGAAGAAUAAUAAGGUGCACUCAUUUGAGCUCCAAUGUGGUUUCGUAAACUUUUUUUAUUAAUUAUAUCCAACAAAUAUUUUAAAAUGACAUUUUAUUCUUUAUUUCGAAUAAUAAUUUCUGUAGAUUUUGUAAGUAGGAAUUUUCGAAGAAAAAUCCUCUAUAUUUCA